CAAAUGAUAAGGCUAAACGACCCCGACAUGUUCCAGUUGCCGCCAGCCUGCUGCGGCAGCGCAUGCGAGAAAUACAUCUCCGCCAAUGGUCUCCUGCUAGUACAAUGCAAUGGCAACCCAUGCUUGCGUGUGAAUGAGGCUGUGGUGGGGUAAAAAGAGGUAUAAAAGAGCUCUCCUGCCCAGUCGAGUCCGGACUAAUUUGUCGUCCACGCACGUUUGUAUUUUGUUCUUCUCGCAUGCCAAUACUAGUGGACCUGGUUGCCUUUGUCUGUUAAGACAUGGCCCUCAAUGAGAACCCAUCGUUGGCGAACCAGUCGGCGCCGGCCAAGAAGUUUAAAUGUCUACGCUGUAAAAAGGAUACCUUCAAGUCUGCUAUAGGGCUUGCAAAACAUCAGGCUGCCCUAGGUCACCACCAUGUUGUGUGUCCCGUAUGCAACAAGGAGUUUGGUACUGAAAAGGGCCGCGAUGAUCACCAGAGAUCAUCCCACGACCGACGUCCCAUAUCGAGGAGGAAGAAGGCUGUUCCUGCCUUAGUGUCUCCUGCACAAGACUCUUCGACGCGGCAAGAGCAACAGCAAAACAAUCAACAAGUGCUGCAGCAGGGGCAACAGCAACAAGAACAACAACAAGUACAGUUGCUCGUCGAUCAAGGUGUAAAGAAGCCAGCUAUCGCCGUCUCCCAUACCAGCAGUACCACACUCCACGAUCACAUGGAGAAUGCUGUACCUGUUAAUGGCCCUCUGAAUGAAGUGCGACUAUACUAUAAUGGCAACUUCUUCAUGACCCUCACCCCUGCAGAGCAAGAGCUUGUAUACGCGAAUCUUCUCACAAAGUGUCACUCCCCUGCUCGUCUACAAAGGCAAGGUUAUACCAUGCCAAGUGUGGCACAAGGUGACCAGUCGAGUCCGAAGAAAGCUACUGUUGCAAGAAAAUACUUUCUGGAAACGCCUGUCUUGAACCUGUACGGAACGAGAAGAGCCAUCGUCAUUGAUUGCGAAAUGGUUCAGGUGAGAAGAUGGCAAAGAGAAGUAGCCUUUCUGAGCGCCGUUGACUUCCUCACUGGGGAAGUUCUCAUUAACAACUACGUCCGGCCAACGGGGAAGGUAACCGACUGGACGACGAGAAUCAGCGGCAUAACGCCAGCUGCAAUGGCCGAGGCGGUAGCACGAGGGCAGGCGCUUAAUGGAUGGCAGUCCGCGCGACAGGAACUAUACAAAUACAUCGAUGCGCAAACUAUCCUCAUUGGUCACUCUCUUAAUUCCGACCUAGACGUCCUGGGGAUAUACCACUCGCGAGUUGUUGACUCGGUGAUACUAGCUAGCGAAGCUGUGUUUGGUUAUUCCGCUGCGUUUAAGCGCCUCUAUAGUCUAAAGACACUGUCGGAGGCAUUUUUGAAACUACAUAUCCAGUCGGAUCAUCAUCCCCAUGUGUGCUUAGAAGACACCCUCGCGACGCGAGACGUGGUCCUGUCGUGUCUGCGGAACCCUGAAGGCUUAACAGUGUGGGCUGGAAAUGCGAAGGCCAAAUAUGACGCCGAGGUAAAAGAGCGAGAAGCGAGAAAGCGCCAGAAGAAGGAGCAGAAAGCGAAGAUGGCCGCAAAGCAACAGCAGGCAACAGCGACACAGCCAUCAACAUCCCGCGGGCCUCUGGGGAAUGCCUCCCAGUUGCUGGUUUUUGAGGAAUCCUCUGGUAUAGAGGCAUCCGAUGACCCUGAAACACUCCGGUGGUCAGACAUCGCAGAGGAUUGCGGAUGGCCCCAUCCUGACACAGGGUACGAUCCCUGGUCAGACUGAAACAUUCCUCCGAGAUUUAAUCGACGUGUUUGUAUAUCCGGUCUACAUAUUGUAUGGAGUUUUGACUAGGCUUGUACCCUCUUCAUAGUUUCUAUUCUCAUGAGUCAUGAGGUGCUGCUAUUCUUUUCUUCCGCCUAUUUUUGGGGAGGGGAACCCUUUAAUUUACUGAGCUCCGAGGUUUAAACCUAGUGCCUAGUUUUCUUGCCCUUGAUUAUUGUGGGGUAUCUUUCUGGGAAGAUCGAUGAGAGAUUUCAGGGGUUUAAGCCUGGGUUUUCGGGUGAGAUGCUCAAUAUUGGUUCUUCGCAGUACUAUGCAGUUUUGGGGAGUUCGUCCGAAGUAGAACUCAAAUAUUGGGUUUCAUCCACCGGCUAAAGUAACAAACCCUAACCUAACGACAAGACGAACAUCCCGAAGGGCUUGGUAUUAUUAGCUCUGGCCUCUGGAGUGCAAGGAGAUUAGGAUAGGGUGAAAAAGACAGCUCUUGAGAUCUUA